GGUUCCAGCGAAGGAACGCCAAACCAGCGGCAGCAACCACCUUUGGUUCGUCCCCAACGCCACGCCGCCACCAACCGCGCCGCCCACCGCCCACGACCUCCACGCCGCCGCCGCCGCCUCCGCCUCCGCCUCCCCCUGCCGCUGCGCGCCGCGGGUCACCCGCUGCCGCCCCCUGACACCGGUGCGUGCCCCGUGCCCCGUCGCCCGGUCCACCCUCUCCCCGCCGCCUCUCUCGCCAUCUUCCGGUGGCUCGCCGCGACCAGCCCCUGCCUUUGGCCUCGGUUGGUUUGCCCCCCUCCCCCCUCUCCGGAUUCGACGUUGGAGUGGCUGAUUUGGUGCGAUAACAUCCCCAAUCUUCAGCUUUGCGGUGUGGAACGGGAGCAAGCUGCAGCGUGGGAGUGGAAUUAGGGUAUGAUAUGUGGUAGUAGCUACUUUGUGAGGAGAAAGCACAAAGGGUGGUCACUGAUUCAGGGUAGGUUUUUGAGAUUGUAUCUGGUGGUCACUGAUUCGGGUGGCGUCAGCUAUAUUGGGUGAUAUUAUGAUGAAGCAAAUAUUUGGGCGGCGGAAGAAUGCCAAGUCAGCUGAUAAGGAUUUCUUUUCUGGGACGAGCCCUUCCGUGUUGGACCAGGUUUCAGGUCUCGGAGUUGCUGAUAGGGCCACGUCUAACUUGGGUAGCCAACCGCCAAUUAUCUCUAGUACUGGGCUCAGCUAUGGGAGUGGAAACCGUGUAGAGAAUCCAAACACAAGGACAAAUGGCAAUUUGUAUUCUUCUAGCUUUCAACCGUUGCCGAGCUUUAAAGAUGUGCCAAAUUCGGAGAAACAGAAUCUGCUGAUCAGAAAGUUAAAAUUGUGCUGCAUUGUGUUUGACUUUACUGAUCCGACAAAGAACAUACAGGAGAAGGAAAUGAAAAGCCAAACUCUGUUGGAAAUUGUCGAUUAUGUUGUGUCUGCCACUGUUAAGUUUCCUGAAAUAGUUAUGCUGGAAAUUACAAGAAUGAUUUCAGCAAACUUAUUCAGGACACUAAUUUCUCCACCCAGAGAGAAAAAGGUGCUUCAAGCUUUUGAUUUAGAAGAGGAUGAAGCAGUGAUGGAUCCUGCAUGGUCACACUUGCAGAUUGUCUAUGAGUUGCUAUUGAAAUUUAUUCAAUCUCCAGAAACAGAUGCCAAAUUAGCUAAGAGAUAUAUCGACCAUUCCUUCAUUUUAAGACUACUUGACAUCUUUGACUCAGAAGACCCUAGGGAGAGGGAGUACUUAAAGAUGACACUUCAUCGUAUCUAUGGAAAGUUCAUGGUGUAUCGGCCAUUUAUUAGAAAAGCUAUCAAUAAUAUAUUCUACCAGUUCAUCUAUGAAACUGAAAAACACAAUGGCAUAGCUGAGCUCUUGGAAAUUUUAGGAAGUAUCAUCAAUGGAUUUGCUUUACCACUCAAGGAAGAGCAUAAGUUGUUCCUGGUACGGACCUUAAUUCCACUUCACAAGCCAAAGUGCAUCGCACUGUACCAUCAACAGUUGUCUUACAGCAUCACACAGUUUGUUGAAAAAGAUUGCAAGCUCGCAGAUACUGUUAUCAGAGGCCUCAUAAAAUACUGGCCUAUCACAAACAGCACAAAGGAGGUGAUGUUUUUGGGGGAAUUGGAGGAGAUACUCGAUGCAACCCAACCUGCAGAGUUCCAAAAAUGUAUGGUUCCCCUUUUCCGCCAGAUUGCAUGCUGCCUUAAUAGUUCUCACUUUCAGGUUGCCGAGAGGGCAUUGUUUUUGUGGAACAACGACCACAUUGAGAAUUUAAUUAGACAAAACAGUAAGGUGAUAUUGCCUAUCAUCUUUUCUGCACUGGAGAAAAAUGUAAUUGAGCACUGGAACCAGGCUGUCAAAAGUCUCUCUCUUAACGUACAAAAGUUAUUCUCUGAUCGUGACCCUGAACUUUACAAAGAAUGUUUGAGGAAGUAUGAGGAAAACAAAGCUAAAGAAAAGGAUCAUAAAUUGAAGCAAGAAUCUGUAUGGAAACGCCUAGAAGAGGUUGCAUCAGCAAAAGCCACAAGUGGCGAGGCCGUCCUCAUCUCUCCAUCCCUUGCUCGCACAUCAUCACUUGUGUAGGAACUUUGUUAAAGGUCUUGGAGAAUCAUGAGAUACUGUACAGGAUUGAAUGUAUAUACAAGGUCUAUGAAGGUGUGCAAAUGAAGGGGGGAAAAAUUCUGAGAAGGCCAGUUGGGUCAGUUAGACUAGCUUUCAUUUUUGUAAAUCAGAUGUCUUGGGACUCCUGGCUUAUUUUGUUACUUGUAGUUUGCUAUGGCGAAUGGUUAAUCUGCCAAAAAGGGAUUCUGUGUCUUUCUUUGCUUGUUUAGUUAAAUAUAUAGGCCCUCAGGAUUGUAAAUGGAAGCAAAUCUAGUACUCUCUGAGGGAGUGUUUGUCAUAAAAUGGGGGUAUAGUUUAUCGCUUUGUGAUUAUCAUUCAAGUAAUUUCCUCAGUCGGCACGUGAAAAACGGCGUAGGUCGUCUAACCCUAAACCCUAUUUUAAAUUUCAA